AUGGCGCCGGAGACGCUCCCCCUGCUUACUCCUUACAAGAUGGGCAAAUUCGAGCUCUCUCACAGGUUAGUCUGAGCUUUUCCCCCCACCGUUCCUGUGAUGGAUCCAGGGACGACCCCCUAGGAAUCUCUCGUAGUUACUUACUCCCCGGCCAUCUCUGUCCGUGGUCUUCAUUCGGAUUGCCCGUUUCAUGGUUUCAGAGAACGGGAUUCUUCAAUCGGAAAGAUAAAUGCCCGAUCAAAUCAUUCAAAUUUCGUUCUUCAGUACUGAGAUUUUUUUUCUGCUGUAAUCCUCUUCAGAGUGGUGCUUGCUCCGCUGACGAGGCAGAGAUCGUACGGCAACGUGCCCCAACCGCAUGCGGUGCUGUACUACUCGCAGAGGGCCACGAAGGGAGGCCUCCUCAUCGCCGAAGCCACCGGAGUUUCAGACACCGCUCAGGGGUAUUCCGAUACGCCGGGGAUCUGGACCAAGGAGCAGGUGGAAGCGUGGAAGCCCAUUGUCAGCGCCGUCCAUGACAAGGGCGCCAUCUUCUUCUGCCAGAUAUGGCAUACGGGGAGGGUCUCGAACUACGGUGAUCCUCCGUUAGCCUCCUUCAUGUUCCUGGUCUCAUCCUCCCGCAGGAAGAGAGAUCGGUCCCUCCUCACGCAUUUGUCUCUGAUAUGUGGAGUUGUGUGCAGGUUUCCAGCCCAAUGGGCAAGCUCCAGUCUCCAGCACAGACAGAGGCAUCCUUCCCGUGGCUCAGCACGAUGACUCCGUCGCUGAGUACUCUCCUCCGCAUCGUCUGCGCACAGACGAGAUUCCUCACAUCGUCAACGACUUCAGGCUCGCAGCAAGAAACGCCAUCGAGGCAGGUCGGCUCUUCCGUCCCCCUCCUCUUGUCUGCUCUGCUCUCUCCCUCUCUAUCCUUCUAUCUCUCAGUUGAAUGGGACUGUCGACAGGGUUCGAUGGGGUGGAGGUCCACGGGGCGCACGGCUACCUGCUGGAGCAGUUCAUGAAGGACAGUGUGAACGACAGGACGGACGAGUACGGCGGUAGCCUGGAGAACCGGUGCCGCUUCCCGCUGGAGGUGGUCCAGGCCGUCGUCGACGAGAUCGGAGCCGACCGAGUCGGCAUUCGCCUCUCCCCCUUCACCGACUACAUGGAGAGCUGGGACUCCGAUCCGGAGGCCCUCGGCCUGUACAUGGCGAAGGCCCUGAGCAAACUGGGCCUGCUCUACUGCCACGUCGUGGAGCCGCGGAUGACCAUCGUCGAGGGCCGCCGGAAGCUCCAGCAUGGCCUCCUCCCCAUCAGGAAGGCCUUUCAGGGGACCUUCAUCGCCGCCGGCGGCUACGACCGCGAGGAGGGCAACAAAGCCGUGAACUCCGGCUACACGGACCUGGUGGCGUUCGGGCGGCUUUUUCUCGCCAACCCCGACCUCCCCAAGCGCUUCCUCCUCGAUGCCCCGCUCAACAAGUACAACCGGUUGACCUUCUACACCCCCGACCCCGUCGUCGGCUACACCGACUACCCCUUUCUCGAUUCCUCGGCCUGA